AAAUUAGGCACUCAAUAACGUAAAUAAAGGCAUGUGUGUUCCUGUGUUGGAAAUUUAUGUUGUAAAAUAAAAUAAAAAUAUCAUUUCAAAGUGAUUGAAAUCAACAAUAGAAAUUAUAUCUGAACUGAUUUGAAAGUUUCAAAAUUAAUGUACUAUUUCAUUAGCAGUUAAUUGCUAACAUAUUUAAACUCAAAGUAAAAUUCGAAAGGUUGUAUAUUAAAUUAGUUUGACUCCCCUGUUAAUAUAUUUUUCUUUUUAACAAAAAUUUGAAAAUGAAAACUAAAUCGAAAAUCCACACUGACAUCAAGAAUUUAGUUUUGGCAAAAGCUCACCAAUAUACCAGGCCUGUUCAGAAAGCAGAGUCAAGUGAAGAAGAGGAUGAUCCUGCAGAUCUUCUUCAAAUUGCUGCUGAGAAAGAGAGGAAGAAAGAGAAAAUGCGUUUGAAGAAGCAGCGUAAGAAAGAAGCUCGAGAAAAAAGUGUGAAAAAAGAUGUUUCAGAGGCAAGAAAACUGGCAAUUGACUAUCUGCAUUCAUGGAAUUCAUCUAGGGAAACGUGGACUUUUAAAAAAAAUCUGCAGACUUGGUUACUUAAAAAUAUUUUUUCUACUGAAGAUAAUAAUAAAGAACAGGGUGGAAAUGCUAUUUUUGUAAAAAUCAUGAUGGUCAUAAAAAUGAUUGAGGAAAAGGAUUUUGAAAUACUACUGAAUUAUGUUAUUGAUUUGAAAGGACAAGCUAGAUCUAGACUAAGUGAUGAAUGUGAAAAUGUUAUAAAAUCAUUUGAAGAAAAGACUGAAGAAGAUAUGAGUGAUGAAGACUUGGUCAAGUUUGAAAGAGCUAGAAAUAUGUUGCAAAUAUUGGUGUAACUGAUUUUAUUAAUAUGUUUUGUGUAAAUAUUGUUAAGAAUGUUACCAAGUAAUAGUCUUAUUAAAAACUGUUGCUUUUUUAAAAGAAAAAA